AUGAAGCACAAAAAUUCUCUUGAUGAACAAAUAGCAAUGAAACAAAAGCUUUUGAACAUGAUGGAUAAACUUGACGAUGCAGAAGAGCAGAGAAGGAAACUUUUUAACGAUACCAAAAGGGAAAUAAAACUUCAGCAUCAACAGGUAAAAGCAGAAUUAGACGAGAAAAAGGAUGGGUUAAGGAAAUAUGUGGCGGAAACGUUGAGAGAUGAGAAGGCAAGUAUCAAGGCGAAAGAAGAAGAAAUUCUUCAAAAAGCAAUUCGAGAGAAGGAAGCGAAGAGAAAGGAAGACAUCGCCAUAAAACGGAUUGAUCGCCAAGAAGCAAUGGAUUCCAUUCAAAAGUUCUAUGAGAAUGAGCUGGAAUCAAAACAGAGAAGAAAGUUAGAGGAGAGGAGGACGGCAUUUAGAGAAAGACGGCAGAUUAUUGAUAAAGUUGAACAGUUGAAGAAAACAGAGGACGAUGUCGUACAGAAGCGCCAAGAUCUAAAGGACGAAGCUAGACACCUUCAGUUGCAUCAAAUAGCCAAAAAGAAUGAAGUUAAAAAAAGAGAAGAGAUGGAAAAAAUACGAGAAUAUAUGGGCCAUAUGAGAAGUUUGGACCAAGAAGAGGAGAUGUUUCAGAAGUAUGCCCAAGCUGAGAUUGCGGAUUGCGAGUCGAGAGGAUUGGACACUAGAGCCAUGAGAAAGAUAGCCAAGCCUGGCAUCGAAUGUGGCAAAGGACCUUUGUUCGAAAAACGUGGCCAAAUACGUCCAAAAUAUUACGCAUCAGUGGCUAAUCCGGAUGAUUUGCCGCAUACAAAGAAGAUUCAGAAGAAAAUUGAUACUAAGUCCAGACUUGGAUUUAUGCUUCCGUGA